AGGGUGUGAAAAGAUAAUUUAGGUCUUGUUAAUCAGGAGACAAAAGGUGAUUCAAAAACUAAUGUUGGGAAGAAAAAGAGAUUCCUGCUCCUCUAUCUACAUUUAGCAUCAUGACCCGGCACAAACAGAAAAAAUCUAGCAAGAAAUCCAAACAUAGCAAGAAAAAGGACGCAAAAUCACAUAGGAAAAAAGAUUCAGGAGUACCUCAACUGUCACGCUUCAAAGAACAUGUCAAAAAGGAACUGGCCCUGAAGCAGAAAAGGGAGAUGGAUCUGAAGCAAUUGGCUAAACAUUCCCUGCUGGAAAAAGACAGCUCCUGCAAGGCGUAUUACAAAGAGUUCAGGAAGCAACGGAGCCAUGUGCCCGUAGCCCGAGCAUCAAGUGACUUGUUAGGCAGUGCAGCCUGUGUUGGGGCGGAUUGCCUCAUGAAGGUGCUUGCGAAUUAUUGCCGGAAUCAGGAUGUCAGGACAACAAUCACCGUUGGAGUUGUGGGCUUCCCAAAUGUUGGCAAAAGCAGCUUGAUCAACAGCUUGAAGAGGACCCGAGCUUGCAGUACGGGUGCCACUCCUGGCAUCACCAAAUUAUGCAACAUUUCAGCGUGCCAGAUUUUCAGAACACCAUGGAAUUCUUGGCGUAUUUGGCCAAGCGACAGGGAAAGCUGAAAAAAGGAGGAAUGCCAGACCAUGAGAAGGCUGCCAAAACGGUGCUAAAUGACUGGACGAGAUUUAAUCUCUGGUCCUGUGGGAAUCUCCUUGGAGGGUUCGGGCCUAACUAGUGGGGCAGAAAUUGAAAUGGCUGAGGAAGAAGGGCUGCAUAUUACAGAAGAAGAGGGGACUAAGAUGGAAGAAGAUAAGGAUGAUGAGCUUGGCCCAAUGACUAUAGAGCUGAAGUCCAAGAACAAGACUCUAAUAGAAGCAGCCAAAGCAGUGCCCAGAGCACCUAAUUUAGGGGAGAUCUCAGCCUUGGACCCUCUGUACCAAGGGCAAGGCCUCCGGGCGGCAAGCAAGAAACGCAGAAAGCGUCAGAAGCGAGCAGACAAAAUUGCAACCAAACUAUCUGCAAGCUUGACAGCAGCCAUGAAUUUCAGCUUGAAGGAUGACUGAGGAAAAUUGGAGGCUGGGCUGCUAUUGAUCUACCUCAGGAAGGCUGUUCCAGCAUGGCACCCAUAGGAGAAAGGAUGCAAAGCAGUUCCCAUCACACCCACGCAUCAUUGUGGAACAGACCUUUGCAGGCCUAUGAAAAACUAAUGAGCUGUUUUGACAAGAAAGUUUAUUGAAGAGGUUAAAAUUAGACGGUUAAAAUAAGAGUGCAAUUGCAUUAACAUUGUCUCAGAUUUGGCUCUUAAUAUCACAGCAGACUGACAAAAAAGAAAGUCUCGUUCCAACUCGGUCUCAAGUGUCUCCAGUGCCAAAUUUGAAUGAACAGAGGUAAAAGCAGAUGUAGAGUUCGGCUCUUCAAAAAGAGGACAGGAAUGCCGAACAGGAAUGCCGUUCUUGAGAACAGUGACUCAGGGGGACACUUCAGCUCUAGUCAGAGUUGCAAAAAGAUGGUGGUUACUGGGCCAAAUCAUGUAUGGAGAGAAAUUCUAGACUUAAUUAAAAUUAAUUUAAAAAAUUC